AUGGCACUCCCUCGGCUACUCCGCACUCCCUGCGCACGCGCUCUCACCUCAUCCACAUUCAAGUCGGAUUCAAUACGGCUACUGCCUUCCUAUAGACUCUUUUCAACAUCGCAGACGCGCCAAAAGUCUCUAGCUGUCGACGAUGACAUCUACUCCAAGCUCCCGGGUAUCGACCCGUCAAAGUUGGAGGUCACAAAGACCAUCACGCCCAAGGCGCUGGUACCAAAUAAAGAUCUUGUAUUUGGGAGGACCUUUACCGACCACAUGCUCUCCAUUGAAUGGACGGCCUCGCAGGGCUGGUUGCCUCCUCGAAUUACCCCCUACCAAAACCUCUCACUAGAUCCCGCGACCUGCGUGUUCCACUACGCAUUCGAAUGCUUCGAAGGCAUGAAAGCAUACAAAUGUCUGAAGGAUAAUUCUCUCCGGCUAUUCAGGCCGGACAAGAACAUGGAACGCAUGAAUAAGUCUGCCGCACGCAUCGCACUGCCCACCUUUGAAGGCGACAAACUUAUAGAUCUGAUUGGCAAGCUGUGCAAACUGGACGAACGCUUUAUCUCCGCCGAAAAGGGAUACUCACUAUACCUCCGACCGACACUAAUUGGCACGCAAAGAACGCUAGGUGUUGGACCACCAGGCUCAGCGCUGCUUUACGUCAUUGCCUCUCCAGUUGGACCGUAUUAUCCAACCGGUUUCAAAGCCAUCUCGCUAGAGGCAACAGAUUAUGCUGUACGCUCUUGGCCGGGCGGUGUGGGCGACAAGAAACUCGGCGCCAACUAUGCGCCCUGCAUUGUGCCACAACUGAGAGCUGCCAAGAAAGGCCUGCACCAAAAUCUCUGGCUUUUCGGCCCCGAAGAAUACAUCACCGAAGUCGGCACGAUGAACCUGUUCGUCUGCAUCAAGAACAAAGAGACGGGACAAAAGGAACUUCUUACAGCGCCGCUCGACGGAACCAUCCUGGAAGGCGUGACACGCGACUCGGUGCUCGCGCUGGCUCGAGAACGUCUCGAGCCUGAGGGAUGGAACGUGGCCGAACGGUACGUCAAGAUGCAAGAUCUGGCGGACGCUGAGAGCGAGGGACGGCUGAUUGAAGUGUUUGGGGCCGGCACCGCCGCGAUUGUAGCGCCUGUGCGCAAUAUCGCGUGGAAGGACCGCAUCCUGCAUUGCGGACUCAAGCCGCACGAAGAGGCCGGCGAGGUGGCGAGCAGGAUGAAAGGUUGGAUCGAGGGCAUCCAGUACGGCGACGAAGAGCACCCGUGGAGCUAUAAAAUUCCUGCUUGA